AGCGCCCUCUAUCUGUUUCUCACACCAGUGGUUUCCUAAACAAAUUUUGUCGUAAAAGUGUUUUAUUUCAUCUAAAUACCCGAGCAAUAUCAAAUAUUUAUUGUAAAAUCCUACCUAUAACGCAACCGGAACCAUGUCAUCGUCUGCCGAGCUAUGUAUUCCUGCAUUGGUUUAGCUAACAAUGUGCAAUCUCAAAGGCAAACAGUGCAGCAAAAAUUUUCAACCCUUCCCCCGAACGUAAAUGGCCGUCAGCGAGGAACGCUAGAAAUCCGCCUUCCUGUUGGUUCCUGUAUUCGGUGGAAAAGUGCCAAAAGUUACCCUGCUGUUGAUAUUCAGCUACUCUGGUGGGGUCAACAGGAGGUUAGUCGGUUGCAUUGGGAACAGGGCAAUACUCGAUCUAAUCUGCGGGCUUCUUACGACAUAUUGACCAGUGAGGAACUGUUCCGAAAGUAUUUGCGUGCAGCGGAGCCAAUUCAGGUGCGCUUGGCUUCAAGCAGGACUAAUAGUUUGAUCGGAACGGCUCUAGUUCCGGUUCCCGAGAAAAUAGUAAACUUUCGUGCUGGUGGAUGUGGUCAGAUAGAAGCUACUAGCAAGGGGGAAAUAAACAGCAAGAGUGGUUUCGGUUUGGGGGAGUUUUGCAUGGACUUUUAUUUGAAGUUUGACGAAAUAGCGCGUAGGCGAGACAACAAAGAAAACAAAAAGAUAAUGGUGCAAGAUUGUAAAAAGGAGCUACCGUUGGUAGUGCCCGAGCGUGACGUCGACUUGAUAAUCCAAGGUGAUUCGGUUCAUCUACAUCAAGGGAAACCACCGAAACAGCAGAUUAAAACGUUUCGAUCUUUGGGGUCUGAUUCUCGCGACAAAGUUCUCAACUACUUACUGGGAAAAGCAGUGUCUGGUUCUGAAGACGACGCUCUAAGCGAAAUAUGUACCAUUUCCCCGACGGAGAGUUUGAUGGAUGCAUUGAAUAGAUUCGAUACAGCUCCUGAACAGAAGAAAGCUGAGUACCUGAAAACAAUAGAUUCCGUUAGAUUGUCUGUUGAGUCUUUAAAAUUCACAAAGGCAGGUCUAAAGGAGGUAUUCCACAAAUCCAAAAUGAUAUCGCUAGCAGAUAUCGGUUUCCUAAUCAAGGUUAAGAUUCCGUCUCAAUCAAGUUCUGUACCAAAAAUAAAGUUCAGCUCCGCAUCGGUUUCCGAUUGUGGAGAGGCUGUCUUCAACGGAAAAGCUACGACCAAAAUAGUUUGGCCACAGAAAUAUGACGACUACCAGUUCGACUUUCUGGUCUACCUGACUCUAGGUCCAGUUUUUCAUCAGAGAUCCACUACCGGCAAACUGAUCUUCCUGGGUUCGGCUGUUGUUAAACUUGACGAGCUUUUGAAUAACAGAUUCGCAUGCUACAAAAAGUGUCCCGUCAGGUUGGUUGCGGACGACAUUUUGCUUGGAAUGCUCACUAUUCGACUGGAGCUUGGUGCUCGAGGGCUUCAUUUCGGCUCGGAUCUGAUAGAUGCCGUACUGGUAGAUAAAGAAAAUAUUUCGAUAAGCAGUUCUUCCAGUGAAAGCGACAUCCGGGAACCGUGUUGGUCAUUCAAACCAUCUUUGAACAGGUGUCACGAUCUGCUUCCGAUACAGUCCCAUUUUCAAUACCGCCCUAUUUCUUGCACUCAAGACGAGAGUAGAUCCGGUAAAUCAGCAUCGAAAAGUUUUCUUCAAAACCAAGCUAUGCCGAACCAUCAAUCGGCUGGAUCAAAGGAACUUUCUCAUUCAAAGGAAAACUCUUCACCUGACCAGGGUCCGAGAGCAAUGGACACUCACGAAGAUACGCAGGAACAGGCGGGAAAACUUCUACAUGGAGUUCUUCAUUUGGGACAGCUGAAAGAUGCUCCUCCACUUUCCACCGGAGGAUACUUUCUUAUAGCUCACGGAUUCUGGUCGGACGAAGGCAGUCCAGUACUAACCACAGAACUUUGUCAGAAUCAAAAGACCUUCAAUUACUUGAUUACUUUCCCAGUAUUGCCAAACGCACGAUUCCUGGAACGUACCAAGAACCAGCACAUGUUGGUAGAACUCUGGCAAAAGUCGCCGGGUGCAGCGGAAAAACUUGUGGGCGUUACCCGACUCCCGCUACAUCAGUUUUACAUUGCGUUUCGGGACGCCCAGCUGGCGGAACAUUUGGCACGUGCCAAACUUCCCGUCAUCUCGAUCGAUGGGUGGAGCGGUAUCGGGUCGCCACUAGCCUCAGAUCCUUGUGGCCAGGUGCAGGUCGUGUUGGCCAUUGGAACAGAGAAUCAGAUCGAGUACUUCAAGCUGUCCCGUGGAUUGAAGCACACGUCGGGUGAUGCACCAGUGACCGGAAAUAUGCCGACGGUGCCGGGAGGGCAAUUGCAAGGCAUCCCGUCAGCACAAAAAUCAUCAUCAUCAACUCAAACGAAUGCACCCCCACCCGAAAACAUGGUCACUCCAUCGACUGCCCUCAGUCAACGGCGUGGCCAGGAGAAUUACCAUCCGGUCAACACAAUCAGCACCGGUAAGCAACAGUCUGAAGUGGCCAACAUGCUGUCCGCAUUCAUCGAAAACCUGGCUCAGCGGAUGCCGAUCUCCUCCGAACGUAGCACUGCUCCCUGUUACGAUCAGAACUUUGCCGAGCAAAGGAACGCACCGUCGCGUCACUCACAGGCCAAUGAUCCCCAGCUGCGGCAAACGUCCGAUCUGCUGGAAAAUCUACAGCGGGCACUAACCGAACAAGCUACUUCGACAACCGUUCCAGGGAAACCAGCUGGUUCGGCGGCUCCGAUGGUGCAAGUACAAAGAGAGAAGCUGUUCAAGGUGUGCGUAGAAAUUGAGCAGGCAGUUAAUUUACCGAAAAUGAGCGUCAGUAAAAAAUACGGCAAACGUAACAAGAACAGGAACUCCGGAACAUGUGGGGCAUCGGGUGGAAAUCAACGAACGGAAGUAGAACCUAGUGCUUACGUAACCUUUGAAGGGUAUAACUUACAGCCUGGAACGGCAAAUACGGUAAAAUCUCACGAAGGCAUUGUCUACACAACGGCCGUGGUGGAAAACUGCUCUAAUCCAACUUGGCAGAAGAAGUUCGAGGUUUCUCUGCCGGCGGAUUUAAUGAUUAAUGACGAAAAACGCUUCAUACUGAAAGUUUGGCGCAAAGCAGUCAACAACAAUGACUUGGCUAAAUGUCGGAUGGUGCCAGCACCCAUGGAGGAUGCAGUGAUUGGUUUCACCGCUGUGGAUCUGUGUGUGCUGUUGAAAGGGAUGCCUUGUAUUCUUGGCUGGUACAACAUAAGAGAUUUUUCGGGCCGAUGUAACGGACAAAUUAAGAUCAAUAUCACUCCAUUGGAAAACGUCACAACACUCUGCCAAAGUUCAAACGAGAACGUUAAUUUCCAAAUCCCACUCUCGAUCGACGUCGAGUGUGCUGGAAUCGAUGCGGGUAAUAUCUCGCUGAGCCGCGCUCUGAAGCGAAAAUUUACUGAGCUUGAAGAAAUCACCCAACGGCUCAAGGCACGACUGUUCGAUGUGACCGGAGAUGAAAACGACGAUCCAGACGAAGAGUUCGAACGAGAUUUGAACACCGAAGCAGAUGAAGCGGAUGACGACGGUUGGGUAGACCCAGCAGAGGACACUUCCGGUCAAAAGCGUAACAGCCAGUUCCCGAACGGGGCGCUCACGAUGACCACGAAUACUUCCUCUUACUCAAUGUCAUCGGAAAGAAAGAUUCCGGAACGCAGCUUGACCGGGUGUUCGGAUCGUUCCUCGCGACAAUCUACCCGUGCUGUUGCUAUUGACCAGCUUGAGUUGGAGAAGCUUCUCAAAAAACACGACCUAGACACACUUAUUAAUCCAAAUAUUCUGAAAAAUCUGCUGAACCCAUCGAUUAUGUCCACCUCCGAGUCUACUCCCAUGAGCAAUCCAUAUGAGAACAUACCGGAGAGUGGUUCACCUGCCGGAACUAGCGAUGAUGCCGAUAUGAGUGAAGGCUCGACCGAAGCGGGUGGCUCAAUCGCUUCAGACAAGGUUAAGUUGAUUUCAUCAGCUUUGCAAAGAACGACUAUUUCGGAUGUUUGUGAACCGGCUACUAGAGCCACUACAGCAUCUUCUGGGAGCGGACAGUGCGAGACUACCGAGCAACAACAUCAACGCGAAGCACCGGAAGGAGAGCCGAUGAAGGUCAACGAUAAGUAAGUUAUUCAUAUUUCUAAAUAUUCUUGUACCCAUCAAACAGCUAUUUUUAAGACCGAUAUAAUGCUUGUAAGUCAAUUUUGGCCAACAUAUAUAUAUUAUGAUAACACACCCAGAAAUCGGUGAAAUCUCUCACUGUUAGAAUAGUAUAAUCUAAAGUAUUUGCUGGUAUUAUGAUGUCAAGAAGAAUAAAAACUACAUUGCGAAAAAUUUCAA